AUGGGUCUAAUCAGUAAAGAAGAAAUUAGCAAAACCAGAAGAUAUUCAUCUUCUCUCUGGAGAGGAAUCAAAACGAUCUUCGUUCUCUUCACUAUGCUCCUAUCUUUCAUCCUCUUCUCUGCUCCGAUAUUCCUCGCCGUCGCCGACGCCGUUCUUCCCUCCGCCAUCCUCUCCUCCUCGUCGUCAUCCUCCGAUCACCACCUUUCCCCUUCUAAUUUUCCGGCGACGGUUUCUUCUCACCUCAGCAACUACGAUUUCCGAUACUCUCUCAUCGAUAUACCUCUCAUCUCCAUCAUUAGAUCUGCCAUUAUACUCUGCGUUUACGGGCUCUGUGACGGACCAAAGUUAUCAAGGGGACCAUAUCUGUUAGUUACAAUGAUUUGCUCGAUUUCAUCUUUGAUCUACGUAUCGUUUAAGGCAGCGAUUGUGUUCGGCGACGGAGGAGGGAGUUUCCGAGCAGAGGAAGUGGCCCUCUUUGUCUGUUCGUCGGUCUUAGCCAUCGGUCACAUCGUUGUGGCGUACCGAACAAGUUGUAGAGAGAGAAGAAAACUCCUCGUCUUCAAAAUCGACAUCGAAUCCGUAAGUUUCCUCUCAACUUUUAAAUUUUCAUUAGAACCUUUAAUUUUUUUAUUCUAA